AUGGAGGAUGCAGGACUCGAGACUCGCCCGGACUUGAACACUUUCGACUCGUCUGGCACGGGAUCCUCUGGCGGCGGCGACGAGUACGCCAACGGAAGAGAGGGUGAUUACAGCGACAGUGAUGGAGUCUCCAGCCGCCACUUCAGUCCCUCCGGUAGCAGUGCCAAUGUUACAUUCGACGACACCGUCACGCCGCUCACGAAUCCCUCGUCUUAUGGAUGGACUGCCCAAGCUUCUCGGUCGAACCACUCGAGUCGACCCGUCUCUCAGCAGUACGAAGGCAUGACACCUGGUACCGCACCGAUCAACGGGCAACGACCACAGCCACGGCCCGUGAACACUCGACAACCGAGCAACGCCUAUGCACCCGCGAGACGACCACAUCAGUACUCUGUCAACUCCUCGACCCGACCGCGCAAUUCGUCCACACACAGGAGUCGAAGGAACAAUCCCAACGCGGAGUAUCGGGCGCAGGAGAAGGCAUACGUGCAGAGAAUACGGCAGGAUGCACCAGAGAAUGACUUCUACGUUGAGCCUAGGACGCCCAGCUUGGACUAUAGUUCUGGUACGGAGUCUGAGGGCGAGUCACCGACGGGACCGAAUCACAUCGAUCACGAUCCAGCCGAGGUGGACACAUUACUGUACUACGGCGGCGAGGAGACGGAACCAUCGAUAGAGGAAUUGAAGAUACCUGCGAAUCGUGAACGACUAGAGUGGCAUGCUAUGUUGGCGAAUGUGUUGACUGGUGAUGUCGUGAAGCAAGAGAAGAAGCGUCUGAUCGGUGGGCCAGAACAACAAGGAGACAAUGCAUUGAAGACGGAGGUAUGGAUCGGCGUGCGGGCAAAGACAUGUGGACGAGCGGUAGCUGCACAGAAACGAUUGAUCGAGGACGGCAGAUCUAAGAUAAAGGCGGCUCUCGAGACGAUUAUUGCCUUCGAGAUCAAGGGCGAGGCAGAGAUUGGCAAAUCACCCGUGGAGCAGGUGCAGGAUAUUGUGAAGAAGAUUGAGAAGAUCGAAGGACUGUAUCCUACACGAAUGGCUUUCGAAGCUGCGCAUCCGCGGGCUGCGUCCAGUGCUUACAAAGAGACCUGCGAUGCUGUCAUAGCAUGGCACAACACCACCGAGCUCAUCAAUACUGAAUUAGGGAUUCUUCAAGCCUGGGUGGGUAACGUCGAAUUGGACUUCACCAAGGCUCGUCCGCGUCCGGACGGCGAGCAGGGCAACCACCUAUUCGACGACAGCUCCUUCAUCGACCGGAUACUGAAAGAGGAUGGAUUGAAGUCUCUCCAGGACGACAAGAGUUUACUGGAAGGAGUCAAUACGGUCAUCCACAAAGCCAAAGCCACCCUGAUUGCCAAUGCCGAAGCCUUUGCCGAUCGCCAUCUACCGCCAUAUAUCGAGGAACUGCUGACACUCAUCAACUUUCCCAGCCGACUCAUCCAAGAGAUCAUUCGCAUGCGUCUCUCGUACGCAAAGAAGAUGAAGGAUCAAGCUCAGCAAGGCGUGAUGACGACCGAGCAAAUGAUCUUCCAGUUUCAAAUCCUCCUCAAGCUUGCUGUCAAGAUCAAGGAGGCUUACACCAUUAUCGCACAACUUGAGCCGGGUUGGGACCUACCAUCAUGCAUCGACGAUAACUUCGACGGUGUGAUCCUCGAUGCUCUCAAAUUCUACUUCAAGCUGCUGAAUUGGAAACUGUCAGCCAACAAGAAUACUUUCAAGGAAGCUGAGAUCUUGGAACAGGAAUGGGACUUUUCGAACGAGCUCGGUCGAUUCCUUGAUGGUGGUGAUGUAGAGGUUGCGGGUCAGUUCUCAAGUCUGACCUCCAAAUCGAUGGGUCGUCUAGCUCUGCAUUUCGAACGGGAGCUCCAGCGACCGCCGGAUGAAGUUGCUGGAACUGCUGAAAUGGACAAGCGCUACAAAUCAAUCCUUGAUUCCGUGCGUGUUCGACAAAGGAAGAUUUUUCGAUUCAGCAGACUUUUGGGUCAGAGAUUCGAGAACGCUACUGAGUACAGCAUCAAUAUGGAUGGCGAUGCGUUCGAGGAGCUCUUGAUGGCAUUGAGGUUGUCCGACCACUUCCUCGUUGAGACAGGCGCCGACAGUGCUCCUCUGGUCACGGACAAGAAUGGGUCAAGAAUGUACAUCAUCGCCAGCCCGGCACUCCUCAAUCGUCCCGUGGAUAUCCAAAGCAUGCUUGGCACGUGCUACCACGCAGAGGACAGUCCUGAAGAUCCCACAAAUCCCUACGUAUUGAUUCUGCGUCCCGAACAACCACUCAUGUGGGAUGGCCAUCGAAUCGAGACAUCAUUGGGCGCCGUGGCGAGUGAAGUGCUCAAGUCGCAGCAGACUAUGGACUUGAAGGUCGGACGACUGCGACUUGUCGCAGAUGGAAGUCAAAAUCGUCUGUUCAACGCCAACGCAACUUUCAACAUAGUCACCGGCAUCGAGCUGCCCAAGCUCGUUGAGCAGCGCGCCAAUCUUCCGCGAGUACAUCAGGAACUUGCCAAGAUCCGUCAGACGGCGCACAAGCUGUCCAACACCAUCAUGGACUCCGUUGCUAUUGUCCGCUCGCAAACGGAAGCUGCAGGACGAAAAUGGGAGAGUCAAGAGCUCAUCCAGUCCUGUUUUGCUUUCGCCACGGAGUUUGGACAGCGUUCUGCUAUUCACAUGGACGCGCAACGGAGAGCCAUCAACCAACAUAAGCUUACAAAGCUCGCACUAGACUGGGUGUCUUUCAUCUGCGAUGACUGCGUAGCGUCCGAUCGCAAGACUUUCCGAUGGGCUGUCGUGGCGCUGGAGUUUGCGAUGGUCAUGACGCGUGGGCAGAACAUUCUUUCCAUUUCGGAUGAAGAGUAUGCUAAGUUGAGGUCAAAGGUGGCGGGAUGCAUGAGUCUGCUCAUCUCCCACUUCGACAUCAUGGGCGCGAGAGGCACUGUCGCUGCUUUGGCUGAGAAGAAGCGCAUUGAUGAACAGGUCGGCAAGCUUCGUCUUGACGCUGGAAAUCUCAGAGACGACGAGGAGAGUUCUCGGAUUGUUCGAUUGCAAUGGCUGGAUGAGUUGGAGAAAUUGGACCAGGUCCGCAAAGACCGUGAAGCAGAACGACAGGCUCUGGGCCGUGUCUUGGAAGACUCCAACGACGCUGAUCGUGCUUUGACCCACCUCUCCGCCUCUGCCGGCAACGUCCACCUACGCUGGCAGCAAGGUCAAUUCGUCGGCGGAGGCACAUUCGGCUCCGUUUAUGCUGCCAUCAACCUCGACAGCGGACAUCUUAUGGCCGUCAAAGAGAUCCGUCUCCAAGACCCUAAGCUCAUUCCUACCAUCGUCUCCCAAAUCCGCGACGAAAUGUCCGUCCUCCAAGUCCUCGACUUUCCUAACGUCGUCCAAUAUUACGGCAUCGAGCCCCACCGCGACAAGGUCUACAUCUUCAUGGAAUACUGCUCGGGCGGUUCCCUCGCCGGCCUGCUCGAACACGGCCGCAUCGAAGACGAGACCGUCGUCCAAGUCUACGCCCUGCAAAUGACGGAAGGUCUCGCCUACCUACACCAAAACAAUGUCGUUCACCGCGACAUCAAACCCGAAAACAUCCUCCUCGACCACAACGGCGUCAUCAAAUACGUCGAUUUCGGCGCCGCUAAAGUCAUUGCUAAACAAGGCAAGACUAUCGUCGCUGACGGGCCCAACGGCCAAGGCCGCCAGGGCUCCGUCCAGGGCACUCCGAUGUACAUGUCUCCCGAAGUGAUUAAAGGCGGCCGUCACCCGCACGCCCGUCUCGGCGCAGCGGAUAUCUGGUCUUUAGGGUGCGUCAUCAGUGAGAUGGCCACGGGUAGUCGACCCUGGACGAAUAUGGACAACGACUUUGCCAUCAUGUACAACAUUGCCAACGGCAACUCGCCGCAAAUGCCGAGCAAAGACCAAAUGUCCGACGUCGGGUUGGACUUUCUGCGAAGGUGUUUCGAACGCGAUCCGGCCAAGAGAGCGAGUGCGGCCGAGCUGUUGCAGCACGAGUGGAUUCUGAGCAUAAAGAGCCAGUUGAGCUUGGAGCCAGGCACGCCCGCGACACCGAGUGCUGCUAGUGAGAGCAGUUUUGGAGGUGGAGGGAUGUUGACGCCUGCUGCGAUUUCGGCGGCGGGGAGUCGGACGCCGAGUGUGAGGGAGGGUUGA